ACUGUGGAAAAGAUCCGAGUUAUUUCAUCACGUUUGUUUAUGAUAUAGAUGUGAUUGUUACUGAAGUACUGAAUGAUACUUGUAAAUGCAAGCAAUGAUAUUGGUCCAUUUCGUUGUAAAACGUUAGUGGAUGCUGGGAGUUUGUGACGAACGGACGUGUCUUCGCUCUCCGUUCGAACAUCGAUAAUUUUUUCGUCAUCUAUUAGUGAACGGUACUUUUUAGUGUGUGCCAGUGUUUUUUCUAUUCAGUGUCAAAUACCUCGUAUUGAGAUAAGAAUAAAAAAAAAUCGCAAACGCAUCAUCAAAUUUUAAAAGAUAUCAGCAAUGUGUGUGCACACAAACGGACGGACAUAAAUACAGUGUUGUGUUUAAAAUGAUAAAAUACGUGAAAAUAAAUAAUUAGGAUGUGAAACCAUGUUGGAAUGCUUGCCCCGGUGGAGCGCGCUUGACAUCGGAGAGAGGACGCGAUUGUUUUUUGUUCUCCUGCCUCUCUUCUUGCUUCUGUGUGUACGAAGCAGUGAAUCAGGCGGAGUAUCAUUGGGAGCGCAUCUCGUGUGCGCAAGAGUCGCUGGACUAACGGACAAGCAGCGGGCAAUGUGCAGAUCAUCACCAGCCGCUAUCGCCGCUGUAGGAGACGGCUUAAGAAUGGCGUAUGCGGAAUGUCGGGAGCAACUUAGCGGGUACAGAUGGAAUUGCUCUGGAGUUGGCGAUGGGAAUGACUUCGGACAUGUUAUGCCUUUAGCGACGCGAGAAGCGGCAUUCACGUAUGCGAUAACAUCGGCGGGUGUCACACACGCGUUGAGCGCGGCGUGUGCUCGCGGCGAUCUACCCGCUUGCCACUGUAACUCCAACAGGAGAAGAAUGACAGGCCCAUCGGAACAGUUCCAGUGGGGAGGCUGUGGGGAAGCGGCGUACGGCGCGCGCUUCGCUCGACGAUUCCUGGACGCCAGAGAACUGGAGUCCGACGCAAGAAGUCUUAUGAACCUGCACAACAAUAGAGUCGGCAGGAAGGUGAGCGAGAUAGUAAAAGACCUAGUACGUCGAGAGUGUAAGUGCCACGGUGUGUCCGGUUCAUGUGCGCUCCGGACUUGCUGGCGAGCGUUGCCGCCAUUCCGGACAGUCGCCGCCGCACUCAGGGAGCGAUACAGCCGCGCCAAGAUGGUCACCCUACACCCACCGCCGGACACUAACGCACCGCACUCACAUCUCGUUAUACGAAGAGCGCGACAAAGCGCAGGCGUGGGCCGUCAGCCUCGGAAGUCGGAGCUAGUAUUUCUGGAGCCAUCACCCUCAUACUGCGAGCCUGAUGCCGCGGCAGGCUCCUUCGGCACGCACGGACGACAUUGUAACAGGACUUCUAGAGGAGAAAACGGUUGUGAAACAUUAUGUUGCGGUCGCGGCUACAACACGAUCCGCACAGUGGAGGAGACAAAGUGCCGCUGUCAGUUCCACUGGUGCUGCCGAGUGACGUGUGACAAGUGUGUCACUCGCACUGAGACACAUGUCUGCAAAUAGAUAUGUCAGACAUUUAUACACUCAGUUCUAACUGAACAUUCAACCCGUAGAGAACUGAGCGUAUACUGAUGACUAUUUUCAUGUCUUGUACAAAAUAACAAAUAACGCCAUCUAGCGUUGAAAAGCGUAAAUAGUUAGUAUACUACCGACAUCUAGUGUAUUUUAUUUUUAAACCUGCGAUGAUAUGCCAGCCUGACUAGAAACACAAAACACCUUAUAUUACAGAAAAAAAAUACUAAUUUCUUUGAAUGAAAAUAGUGAUGUAAUCAAUAAACCUAUUGCAGCGGCCCAUAUCGGGUUUUUUAUAUUUUUUAUUAUAUUAUAUGGUGUGAAAUAUUUUGAAUCUUUUGUACAGCUGUUUAUUUUAUUAUCUAAAAUGCAUAGCAUUAUUUGUGUAGUGUUACAUACAUAUAAGCAGUUUAUAUAAAAACAUUUAUAUGAAUAUCUGCUCAUACAUAUCGUGUGACUAAAUUUUAAUGCAUUUCUAAAUCACCAUUACAUUUAAUAUCUAUAAAAUAUCAGUAGAAUAACGAUUUUACGCUUAAUUUGUAUACGUCCAUUUUUAAAUUGCCAGUUUUUAAAAUGUUGCCAUAGCGUAAGUUUAAUUCACCUUUUUAUAUUUAAGUGCGUGUUUAUUUAAAAAUACCCCUGUAAAUAAUAAAAACAACAAAAUCUGUAAUUACUGCCAAUAAAAAUCAAAUAUUAUUCGAAAGACGUUGCAUAAAAUUGUUCUUGCCAGUAAUUAAUACGUUUCGUAACGGAGUUCUUAAUUAAACAAUGGUUUUUUUUAGGUUAUAAAAAUGUCAUCAAUUCGUAAUGUGCGUAUUUUUCUUAUUCAAGUAAAUGUUCUUAAAUGCUUUAAAUACAUUUUUUGUAUAUCUACACAUUUACAUUUUAAUAGUACUUAAGGAAACAUUCCGCGUAGUUGUAAGGUCUAACUUAUUCAUUUUACCAUUUAAUAC